AUGGGAAACGUAUUAAAUAAGCUACACAACUGGUAUGAAAAAUAUAUGAAGUUCCAUUUUCCUCAAGAGGAGGAAGAACCUGUUGUGCCAAUAGACACAAACUUUCAUGUUGACAAAAUAAGAAGAUAUGGAGAUAUCCUGAGAAAUACAGAGCUACCCAUAGAUGAAAGGGCCAAAGCUGCACACUAUAUCGGACUGCUGGCUUAUACAGGUGGUGUCGUCAGCAGAGCGCCUGCAUCAGAAUAUAUUCAGGACAUGACUGAUAUGUUGAUCAUGGCAGAUACUUCCAGGAAGGUGAAGAUUGCCUUGCUGAAAGGGUUAUGUGGCUUAUGCUACUUAAACUACAACAACCAAACCCAUGCCAAAGAGCUCCAUCUCCCUGACAUUCUUCUUGCCUUUUUGGAUGAGGACGAGGACGAAGAUGAUGAAGAUUCCAGUGGUGAUGACCAGGAUAUAAUCAUUGUGAAGUUCUGGGUCUGCUAUCUUAUGACUGUUGUCUGCUGUAACAACAUCCCUUAUCUUAAAUUAUUUCAGGAAACAGGUGGGGAAAUGCUAGAGAACAGGCUGGAAUCCCUCUCCAGCAUGGAAUGGUUUGGCUGGCCGGCAAACUAUGCAGAAGUAAUGCUUUCACUCCUGGGAUAUCAGCAUGUACAUCUAGACUAG